ACUGAGUGAAGGAUACAGGGUCAUUGGAGCAGCCUGGUCAGUGGGGGUGGUGUUUGGUUCUCACUUUCUUUAGCUGUCUUUAGCUCUGCAGUUUACCAGUUCAAAGAGAGACUUCAGUCGCAAACGUGGUCAAAGCAGCGUGUAGGAGGCUUGCACAGUUCUCUUGGCCUUAUCACAAUCUGUGUCCCCUUGUGUGGUUGCUGAAACUUACUUUACAGCAAGGACUUUGUCUUAGUGAUCUUCAGCUUCUCCUGGCUGUGACAGCCACUCUGGUAGGACAAGGCUGUUAUACACUGUACUUUAGUCUGCAAAGUCCAUUAUUAAUUCUUAUCCAAGUGUUUUUAUUCCAAGUCCUUGCCUUGGCUGAAUGUUAUUACUGAUAAAAAGCUGUGUGCCUGAUUCCUCAGGGCUGGCUCUGCUGCACUGACGAGGGUUCCAGCUGAUUGUCUUUGGCUUGGCUGUGCGUAUCUUGAGACUGCUUGCUAGCUAGUUUUGAUUGCAAUUAUUAAUGCUGAUCUUUUUUUCAUUGCCUUUCUGCUUUGGAAGUGAACUCCAGAUUAGGGAGCUGGGCAAAACCAUUCCAUGUCCUAAAGGUAUGAGAUAACACAAGAAAUACUGUUUUGAUACCUUAAUUUUGUUAUAGCUAACAGGUAAUUGUUGGGGAAAUGUCUAAACCAGAAGUGGUGUUGAAUGUAUGCUGGAAUGCAGGAGAGGGCUGUCUCGCUUGAUUUUCCUGAAGCUCAAUACUAAUCAUUGGCUGUUAGUGUCAAAAUGUACUUCAGGAGAUGUGAGGAGUUUGGAAGUGAAUGACCUUUGAAAUGAGGGACUGGGUUGGAAGAGCAUGUUAGAAGGGUUGUCAGGUUGAUUUUGGUGGAAAUAUUGUUUAAUAUGGUUUUACUGAGUUAUAGGAAAAUGUAAAUUAUCAGAAAUAUAUUAAAACUCAAACAGUUUUAUGAAAUAUUUGCAUUCCAAAUAGAACAGUAUAAAAACAGUGCCUAAAAUCAUGACAUGGCAGUUUGGAAACUAAAGGGAAAAUGUGGAUGUCUUCAUUUUGCCGUUACAGAUCUUAAAAACUGCAUGUGACUUCUUCAGUCCUUAAAGUCAAUUUAUACACAUUAUGUUGAUUUUAAAUACUGUUUGAAUUUUGAUAGAUUUUAAUAUGCUAGCAUGCCUGUCAGUUUUUGAGUUUAAGUAGUUGGUGUUGAAAGCAAAUCCAAAUCACUGAGCACAAAGCAAAUAGGCUUUCUUCCUGCCUGAACAGAUAUUUAGCAGUUUCUUUUCUACUGUGUGUGUCAGGUCCUCAGUAUCCCCCAGCAAGAUUUGGGAGAUCAAACUUUGCCUGUAAUACAAGUCAUAUUCGAACUAGUGCAUCACAGUUAGUGGCCCCUUUAUUAAAACAAUAUUUUUCCUCCAUAGGAAACUUGAACACAUGUAUUAAAGCCCAUCUUCAUGGUGCUUUACUAAAUGAAGAUGACUGUUGAUUGUUAAAGAAUUGAGUUGUCUCAGUUGAGGGGAUAGCAGGGAAGAGUGACUGUCACUUGUUUGCGAAUUGAUUUGUGUAAAUUGGGGGACAGCAGAGAGAAGUGGUUCAAUAUUCAAAUCUUAUUUGUUGCUGAAGCCGGAGAUCAUUAUCUGUAUAGCUGAGAUGAAUGCAGCCUGAUAUAAAUGAAAGCUCAUGUGGAGGUACCCCAAGGUCCUAAGCUGUUGGGUACCUGUGCCUCAAAACAAUGACCCAGUAGCCAAUUAGUAAUGGAGCCUCAAUUAGACUGAGGACUGAAGGAUCUGUGGUAGUUAAGUGUCUUAAUUUAAAUCUAGAGAGUUAAGGUGGUGAAAUACUUGCUUUAUAAUCAGUUGACUGCCCCAGGUUGAUGACAGAGCACAAUUCAAUGCUGUUGAGUUGAAAUGUCAUAAAAUUUGUCUUGGGGUCACAAUUAAACUCAACUUCAAGAUGGCUGCUGAAUAACUACAUGUUCCCUCAAAUAACAAUGCUCUCCAAGAGCUGAGUGUUUGGUGAAGUGGGGCUCUGGGGCAGGACAGCUGCUGCUGGGGACACUGGAAUCGUAGAACAGUUCGGGUCGGAAGGGACCUUCAAAGCUCACCCAGUGCCACCCCUGCCAUGAGCAGGGACAUCUUCACCAGAUCAGGUUGCUCAGAGCCCCGUCCAGCCUGGCCUGGGAUGUCUCCAGGGAUGGGGCAUCCACCACCUCUCUGGGCAACCGGGGACAGUGUUUCACCACCCUCGGUGUAAAACAUUUCUUCUUGUCCAUCCUGAAUCUCUCUUCCUUUAGUUUAAAACCAUCACCCCUUGUCCUCUUGCAUCAGGCCCUGCUAAAAAGUCUGUCCCCAUUUUAUCAGCCACUUGUAAGUACAGAAGGGCCACAAUAAGGUCUCACUGGAGCCUUCUCCAGGCCAACUGAGCACUCAGGACUCCACACCUUCAUUGAUGCAGCAAUGCCGGUAGAAGGUACCUAGCUAUGGACCUUGAGAAAACCAUGCCAUGCGCUGCAUAAACAGUGUAUAGAGCUCUACAUGGAAUGGGUUGGUAGCACAGGAUGUGUUUGGAUCAGUGUGCCUAGGGCUGGGCUGGCUAUAGGAUUCCUGGCUGGUAUGAAUGGUGAUGUUCAGCAGCAGAGACUUGUCAUUGCAGCUGAAGAACACACAGCGACUGUGCAUCUCUUGGAACUGGUGUUGAGUGUUUGCCCGAAGUGAGAGGGACCUGGAUCCAGCAUUGGGAAAGGAGACCUGGUUCAAAAAUCUUCCCACUGCUCUGUGGAAAUGCUGGAGAGCCUACUCCUCAGCUAGGGUGAGCUUGCACUUUGUGUUGAAAACCAGAUUAAGCUGGGUGUUUAGUAACCGUCAGUGCUCUGAGUCACAAAGUAAUAGAUUUCAUGGUGUUAAUGAAAUUUAGAUUUGUAGAGAAGUGCAGUUAUGCCUAAGAUGCACAGCUAAUAGCACUGGCACUGAAUAAAACCUAAAUUGCCUUUGUUUCCAUUAUGAAACAAGGUAGUAUAAGCCCUUAAAUUUAUAUGAAUAUAGUUCUGUACUUAAAUAUGGGUUUUAGACUCAGAAGCCUGUUCAAAGCUCUGGAUAUUUAGUGUGAUCUGGUAAAAAGUGCUUAGCGUGUUUAACAUACCUCAGAACAGGGUUGGGUCUGAACACAUGUAGUGGCUGAGAAAACCUGCUUAGGUUUUUGUAACUGACUUUACUCAUUGCAUCACUUCUUGCAGUUUUGAAGUGACCUGAACUGCUUCCUGAAGGAAAUGGUGACAGCAGCAGUCUCGGGAGCAUGAGUGGAAGUAAUGAAGCAGUAAUUAGCAAUUAAUAAAAUGUGGUGAAACUUGUAAUUUUAGUAACUGCUGCACUGGCCUAGAGAUGUGGUGGUGAAGUAAUCCUUCAGAAAUCUACAACUCUGAAGCUUAAUUAUCAUAAUUUCCUUUAGACACCAUCUGCUCUUAGAAGCAACUUGUGUAUUUGUUUUCCCCCAAAGGUAGAUGAGGUUUUAAGGACUCCACUUCCAUGGCUUUUCACAGCAGAGGUGAAACCGAUGCCUGGGUUGAGAUAUGAGGGCUGAGUGGUCUUGGUGAGUGAUGUGUCAUGCAGAGCCUGGGAGGGUGAGGUUCUGUUAAAAUAGCCAGCAAAGUCUCAGAAGGAAACCGGCGAGAAAUGUGUACAGAACCUCCUUUGUGCUUUUCAGAGGGAUUUUCUUUUUUUGAGCGCAUACAACUUGAAACUGCCAUCGGUGUGCUCUUCUCUUUGCUUUCUGCCUCAAGCCCUUCUGAGCUGUGUCUGGAAGAUGUCAAGUUCUUACAGAUCCUGUGAUAAUGAAAAGCAAGGAUUGCUACAUAACCCUCCUGACCUGAAGUUACCACUUGAUUCCUAACAGGCAAACCCUGGAGUCAGAGGCAAAUAAGUCUGUUCUGAGGAAGGAGGACACGUGUGGCAAAGCUGCUUGCUCCUCGGAUCUCUUGUACCGCUUUGCUUUACCAGUCAUGUGCUGUUUUAUGCUUUGCUGAGUGCUGGAAAGUCAGCUCAGGUCAGAAGCCAAACUUACAUCACUGCUGCUUGCUCUCCUUAAGAUGAGCCUGAAAAACAGUCAGAAUCCUGAAAACAAAUAGCUGGACAACACCUGCCGUCCCCUCAGCCCCCACCUUGUUAAUUGUUGACAGCAGGAGCCAGGAGCAAGUCAGGAGGGUCAGGUUAGGCUGAAUUCUAUUUUGUUGUCAGCUAUAGGAAUUCCUUAUGGACUUGAACAGAGCAAACCACUUCUCAAGCAGCAAAGGUGAGAAAGAGACUUGGGAAUUUUGGAAGACGUAAGUGCAAUUUUAGACGUCACUCAUUUUUACUCAAGGGUUGUAUUAAGGAUUCAAUUUUGUCUUGUGUAAAUCAGUUUUAAUUAAUAGAGCAGAUGCAUCAACAAUGCAUCUGGAAGUGAAACGGAGGAGAAAAUAAGAGGCAGAUGGUUCUAGUGGAUGUAAAUAUUUGCUUUUUUGGAAAUGAAGCUCUGCAGAAACUUCAGAGAUUCUAUUUCAAAUUCAGAAGCCUAUUUCUUUUGCUUGUUGAGAUAUAUGGAGCAGAAAAAAUUAACUAAACCAUAAUGCUUUGUUUGAUUCUAGUGCAUGUGAUGAAAGAAGCACAAGUUUUUGGAAUAGGGCCAGCGCAUGAAAUCUUGAUUCCUACUGAAAUAUUAAGGCCUAGUUGCGGUUGGUGCAAGAUGCAUUUGUUUUGGAGGAGCUGUCUCUAUCCCAAGAAGCCUUCCCAGGCCUCUGCAAUACAGUCAUGGGUGAUAAGUGUGGACACAUCAACAUGUUCAUUUUUGGCCCUCUGAAGAAGGACAGGGUUCCGUGAUGGGCCUCACUGGCAAACCCAGUGGAAGAGACAUGGGUCUGAAAGCUGCUGCUGGGGAGGCCUGGCAGGCAUGGAUGGGGCCUCUGAUCUGCAUGUGAAGCUGGGGGUUUUAAAAAAGUCAUUAAUUAGGGCUUUUGCAUGUUUUGAUGGGACCCUCUGCAGUUCUGCUGUGUUAUUUUUGAGGACUCCGCUUGAAUUGCAGAACAGUCUUUCAAAUCUUGCUCACUUUCUAUAUCAGACUUUUCAUGAAAGCCCUGGCUCGUGUUAUGUUUGGGAAACUUCUUUUGUUCUGUUGUGGUUUUGUAUGUUGUGUUUUUUGUUGUUUUUUUUUUUUUGUUAAUGUCUGUAACUGUGAAGAAGAAUUAGAAAACAAACUUAAAAUCAUAAAGUACCACAGCAAAUACAGACUGUAAAAAGCAAACACAAAAACCACCACAACACUUUUAAGACAAGUCAUGACUGGAGAACAAUGAUGUCCAACCUGGAAAUGGUGAUGCUGGAGAAAGAAGACAAUAAGGAGGGAUUGAUCCAGAGCGGGUAUUUUCUUAGUGAACCAGACAGGGGGGUUGGGAAGGAUUUUUCCAUGUGAAAAAGUGGUAGUACAAGUAUUGUUGGUGCUUAUUGCAGGCUCUCUGAGGAUAAGGCAGACUUUUUUGCUCUGCAGUUUGGUUUGGAAUAUUAAAUUUGGAUGGUUGCACUCAGCCUUCCGUGCAUAUUCUAUGGUUUCUGGUUUUGUUCCUCGAUACUGAGAUGCUCCGUAGCAGAGGGAUGACCUCCAAAUGGCAGUACAGCUCAAGGGGGGUGGAUCUGGGUCAAGGUGAAGCUCCUCUGUCCUUAAAACUUUUGGGAGGAAACUUGCUGGUAUGAGUAGUGCUGCUGCUGAGGAGAUUGGGUUUUACAGAUUAUUAUCCCAUAUAUACUGUGUUUGCAUUGAGAGCUUGUGUACAGUAAUGCUUCACUCUGUCGCUUCCAUUUCAGAGCUCUGCUGUCAGUUAUUUAGUACACUGCACUGGUUUCUGUUGUCGUUGUCCUGUUUUUCUUCAUCCUUCAUCCUUAAUUGACCUUGGUGAGCAGCAGGCAUCUGAAGGUGAUGAUGAAAAUGUAAUGGAUUGGAAGAGGCAGCAGAACCACUGGCAGUGAGAGAUUUGUCAGUUGUUCAGUCUCGCAGGUGAAGCAGCUGAGGUCUUUCAGAUGGUGAUCUGUUUUAGGAUGGGUCAGACAGGGUCACCAGGACAUCAUGAAGUUUAAUUUUGUGUUAUAAAGAGAUUUUCUACUCUAAACUUCAGGCCAGUAAGCAGCUAUUUCUCAUGGGCUUUUUUUGUUUGUGAUUUUUUUUUUUAAAGCAGUUAGUCUCCUUUACUUUUUUGAUUACCAGAUGUUGAAUUGGCAGCUGACAACCUCACUGGCCUUGCUUCUGUCUCUGUCUUCCGUGUCAUCCUUGUGUAUUUAGGGUGUGUGCAUUUCUGCAGUGUCUGGACACAUGCCUCUAUCCUAUUGUUUCUCACAGGAAAAACUGAAUUGCUAAGAGUCACACUUUCAGGAUCACGUCCUCAGCAGGUAAUGGGCUAUGCCUGAGGUUGUGGUUGGACUGUAUGGGGGAUUAUUGCAGAACCAGAGUUUAAGGUUGGGGAGUCAAAAUGUUUCAACAGCAAUGAAGACAGAAGGAUGCAAAGCUUUCAGCUACAAACCUGUGUGCACUGCAUGUGCAUGUGCUCAAAUACACAGCUCCAUUGUCCCAAGCUGCAGGAGUUAAGGCCACAGAUCUGCUGUAGUGAGCCAGCAGGAGAGCUGUUUAGAAACACACCCCUCCUUGCUAAGAAGAAAUCACAGUAUCACAGUAUGUUUGGGAUUGGAAGGGACCUCAAAAGACCAUCUAGUCCAAUCCCCCUGCUGGAGCAGGAACGCCUCGGUGAGGUUGCACAGGAACAUGUCCAGGUGGGUUUGAAUGUCUCCAGAGAAGGGGACUCCACAACCCCCCUGGGCAGCCUGUGCCAGGCUCUGUCACCCUCACUGAGAAGUUGUUUUUUCUCAAAAUGGGAAGUCUCUGCUUAUUUAGCCAUUGCCCGCUGUGUGCUGGGGGCACUAGUUGGGAACUAGAUACCUGUUGUGUUAGUGUGGUAUGGACAUCUAGUUUUGGACUGUCACAGCACAGCUGGCCUUGUGAAAGGUGUGGGGUCUCCUGGAUCUGGGAUGCUAAAGAAAAUGAGCGAAGCUGCAUGCUUUAGGGGAGCUAGACAAGUGGCUGUAGCAAGCUGGGGUGAAAGAGAGGGCUCCCUAAAACAAAUGUGAGCCUAGUGCUGGUUGGUUGCUUGGGGAUGUUUGAGCAGAAAAAGGGGAGAGAUGUGUCCCCUUGAAUCAGGGAUUUGAGUGGAUAAUGAUAGUUUCAAAUGCUUGGAGCUGCCAAGUCCCUGGGCACGUGGAGGUCUGGAGAAACAGGAGAUUGGGAACUUCUGGAGUUUGGGACUCAGAGGGAUGAUGAAAAAUGUGCCUUCAGGACCAGGAGACUGGGCGAGAGGGGCUGUGCCUGGAGAAAGGAUUUGUCUAAAUGUACAGCUACCUGAACUGUAUUCACCAGCUUCCAGUAGCACCUUAAAUUGUGCAGGGCUUGAUUUGUACCUCAGCUGAUGGUAAAGCCUUAGGUUAACCUGUUGUCUGAUGUUUAAAUGCUGGAGUAACCUUGUUCUGCAGGGGAAAUGCACAGCUUUGGAGGCAAUGCUGACAAUAGGAGUGCUGUAAAGCAACAAGAGGGAGCAAUUUGUCAAAUUACACUGUCAGAGAUUGCAGGCCUUUGUGGCAAAGGGAAUUGCCAGAGCAGAGGGCACAGAAAUCUCUGUCCUAGGUGGCUUGUUGGGGAAGACUGUUUUGUCAAGGACUUGCCUGCUCCCCACUAAGCUUUGGGAUGCAGAUCUCAAAUCUGGCUCUAUUCAAAUGGAGCUCUGCUUCUGAGCUGCACUUCAAAACCUCAUGGAGGAUGUACCCGCAGUGGGACUGUAAUUGCCAUGUAUUUUGACCAUAAUGAUAUGGGGGAAAGAACAGGGGCAGCUGUAAGGAGUAAAUGAGAUGUUGUCUGACUCCUAUAUCUUAUUUUACUUGGGUGUUAGAUCUGCUGUGGAAGGCAGGAGGAUGGAAUGGGAGCCUCUGGGUCUUCUCAGCUGUGUGGUUGCCCCCCCCCCUUUUUUUUUAGUGCUGGCUCAGCAGUGGGACGCUUGGUAGAAAGCAGGAAUCAAGAAGAGAGACCUGGGCCAAGCUUUUAGCUGGUGGAACUGUGCUGAACUCUGUGCCCUUGCACCAAGGGAUAGUUUGCUUCCCAGUGCUGGAGGUUCUGAGCAAAUGCUCCCCACAGAAGGGAAACAAUUUUCUCAGUCUCUCCCCUGCCAUUUCCUUUUUACUGAAGGGAAGAUGACAAAUCCUGAUGAAGAUGGGAUCGCAGACACAAAAGGUGAGUUGUGUGGAGUUAGUUUCAAAAUGCUGAUUACCUCUAUAAAAUCAGAGGAGAAGCGGAAGGUCGGGGUGACUGAUUUAGCUUCUGCUGUGGCUUUGACAAGCCUGUGAGCAGUUGCCCAUCCUACCAUAUGUGACCUUGAGCAGCAGAGCCCACUCUAGCUCCUGUUAAGUGAGCAUGUUGGAUUGGGAGGGAGCUCCUCUUUGCCAGGUUUGUCAGCUGGAAAAGAGAUGGAUUCCCCUCCUCACCCUGCCUGGGAGCUCUGGAGGUUGCCCGGGCAGCCCAAUGGGAUAUUCACUGUGUCACACAGAGGUACCUCUAGGGCAAAGUAAAUUGCUAAGUGAUUUUUUUGUUUGGACAAAUAUUAAUUUCCAUUCUGAUUUCAUGCUGUCCAAACUGUUUUGUUGAAUCUUGACUGUUCUCCCCAACUGUCCAUCACUCUCAUGUUUUCAUGACUUGUGUCACAAACAGCAUUGUAAAAAGAUCUUGGUUAUUCUUUUUCCUUUUUUACCCUUUGAGAAGACGCAUUUACUUUUUUUUUUUCAGCUGUCCUGCCUCUUUUCCCCCUGUGAUUACUGCGAAGCAAUGUGGCAAUUAGAGCUCCUGGAGGGAGAUGUGCUCUGCUGGCUCUUACAGAGUUCACAGCACCAUACUUGGCUCAUCUCCACAGCUUCUCUGUUCUCUUUGUGCAGUGGAUUUUAGUGUUAUGCCAUUCCAAGUAGAGUAACAUCUGUACAGGUAGAAAUAUGUCUCAGUCAUGGGUGGAUUUCCAUCUCCUUUGGAAGAUACAUUGCCACACAUUUUCUUUGUCAGACUGUUUCACAGCUGGCCUUUGUCCCCAGGCUUUGCCUGGUCUCCUGGCCGGGCUCUGGAGCUCUUCAGUUCCUGCAGGUGAAGUGGCUGUUGUGGGAUUCAAGGUGGUCAGAGAGAGUAGGGGCUGAUCUACCAAGGAAAGACUGUUUUGUGGUUUGGAAGGAAGGUUAUGUGGUCUAACUCUGAUCUUGCUGAAGCUGCUUUUGUUACCAUUUCAGAAAACCAACCUAGGGCUGAAUCAGAUCUGGAGGUUUGCUGAAGGUACCAAGGAAUGGGGGGUUUAAAAGCCGAUGCCUAAUCCUGUGGACAACCUUAAUGCUGUUUCUUUGAUAACUUGUAGGAGGUAUUUUAUUUUGGGUUUUGCAUAAAGUGGUAUAGAGCAAUCCCAUGCAGCUGGAAGCCAGAGGCAAGGCUAUUUAUUUCAGGACUUUGAAGGUAUCUACUCCAGUGACAGUCACUGCUGCAGGGGUUGGUUUUAUCAUAGAAUCACAGAAUAGUUUGGGUUGGAAGGGAUCUUCAAAGCUCAUCUAGCCCACCCCCUAGCAAUGAGCUGAACAUCUUGAACCAGAUCAGGUUGCUCAGAUUGCUUUGGAAUAACUGAACAAAAAUGUUCCUUUCUAUUUCUUUUCCUCGAGGUGGGAGAAUUCCUCAAAGUCCGACGGAGUUAAGGAAUGUCUUUUUCCUCCCUGAAAGGGGCCGAGUGCAGCUCUCACAGUCGGGGUUGGGCAGCCUGGGAGCACCGAGGUGGCCGGGCUGAGGGGACUCCAGGUGCAGGUACCGGAGGGAGCUGUGGCUGUCCCAGCGGGCUGACCUGCUCUUCUGAGGGGGCCGUGCUGUGUACCAGCUGCUAAUACACUGUGUCCUGUUGACAGGGCUCAUGGCCCAUCAGUGUGUUCCCAGAGAUGAGCCCACACAAGUCCCUCUCUAGGGGCUUUGCUGCAGAGAGCUUUGUCAUAUUUUGACAGCAUUUGACAUUUCCCAGAUUAUGCUUGAAUCUGCCAAUUGAUGAUACUUAACACUGUUCUCUGUAAGAGCCUUCUAUCAGUGACGCCAGUAAACUUUAGUUUUCCCUGCAAAUAAUUGUUACCAAAAGCUUCUAUAUUUAUUUCACUUGUUAAAUGCCACCAAUUAAUCUCUGGUUUUGUUGCUUUGGGCUUUUACAUGUUGCCUUUAAUUACAAUGUGUGCUUCUCUGGCCGGGGGUUGAUGGACAGCUCUCUGACUAAAUGCAGGAGAAAAAUAGAGGAUUUAUAGUAUUACUACUUGUACUUGAAAGAAUAAUCCUUUAGUCCAGGUGUCUUUGUAUGUGUCUUUUGAGAGGGGGAUGGUCAGGCCUCAAAAGCCAGCAGCUUAUGCCAGCUUAUUAAUUGUUCUGUUUCUGUCCUGCUUCUGACCCCUAAUUUGCAGAGGCUGUGUGAUGCACAGUGGUUUGGGGCAGCGUUCCAUGUUCCUCCAGGACAGCAUCUGCUGAUCCAGCUUGGUAUUUUAAACAGGCAUCGCAUGCAGUCUGGAGCUGAAUGAAUCCUCCUUCUAGCAAGAGCUGGUAGCGAGGAUGGGUGAGCAGUUCAUUCACAGUCACUUCAACACAGGAGAGAAUCAGAUUUGUAUAUUUAAAAUUGCUUUCUUAACUAGUGUUUAGCAUCUUGGGGUCUCAAGAGUUAAAAUACCUCUGUCAACUUGGAUCAGUACAUGCAGAUUUAAAAGCAUUCUAGAUCAAGUAGACAAACAAGUUGAAAUAAUUUAGCUGAUACCCUGGCUGCAAAUAGUUCAACCAACCCUGUGCUGAAGACAUCUGGGGCUUGUCUGGUGUUCAUAGUGGAGGUUUCAGACCUUCCCAAAGAUGUGGUUGGUUUGCAAGUUGCUGCUUUGUUGACCAGAAAGUAGGAGGCACUUUGGCAGUUGCCCCUUUUUGAGGGAAACUUGAGACCUCUGCUUUUCUCUCCUGGACUUCAGACAGUGGCUUUCACAAUGGUCCCAUCUUUCAGCUCGGGUCUGCUUUUUGUCGUUGGGAUACAGCUUUGUUUUGCCAAGGCUGAGUGAAUUGAGACAUCCUCUGCUUCAGAUCUGUAGGCAUCAUGUUCCUCUAGCAAGUAUUAUUCUAGAAAGGUACGGGACAACCUUAAAACUGCAGAAAGCUAAACCUCCCACUAGUUACUUGAUGGGAAUGCAAUGUGUAGAGCUUUUUGUCUAGAUUGCAUCUGUGCUGCUAUUAGCUUCAGGAACCCAGUGCUUCCAGCACUGCAUCUUCCUCCCUGUUGUUCCCCAUGUCCUGGGCAGAUCUUUGUUUCAGGUUUUGGCCCUACUGUUCAAUGAGCUGCUCCCUCCCAGGCUUGGUUAUUGGGUGUUAGGAUAGAUGGCUGGUUUUGCACUGUUAUUGCAGUGGUUGUGUAAGUCACACAUGGAGAAGCCCCAAGCACAGAUGCAUGGAGGUGACAAGCCCUAUUAUUUUGUCGUUACUUCAGAAAUAAAUGAACACUUUCAGUCUUUUAAAUUUGGAUGAAAAUAAGUGAUGGGGAGCAGUUGCAUACUUUUAAUUUUAAGAGACCAGUGAAAGCAUGAUCCUUUCCUCAGUGCUCUCUACUGAAAUGCUCUGCAGAUGUAUGAAUAGGCAAGCAGCAGCUCUGGUUUUGCUUUGAUUUCUGCACUGGAUGCCCAUUGUAUUUAAUCUGCUGGACUCUUAUAACCAAUCUCCCUGCAAGCAAGAAACUUGUGAGUGACUGUGCUGAGAUUGCUGGAUUCCCAAUCAGAGGAAAGGCUGACGGAGGCAAAUUGGAGUUGGGUUCCUGACUGCAUCCUGAUAGAAAAGAUUAUUCAUACAGUGGAAAUAAAGAGCUGCUGUUUUAUUGAGUGUUUGGCAUGUAUUGGCCGACCAAAUCUUGGCGCUCAGUAUGUGUUAUGACUUUCCUUUUCUGAGCCCGUGAACUGCGUUUGCCUUCAGCUGGCCUGACUCAGGAAGGUUACUUGCUUUCUGAGUUUUCCUCCCUGGGGUGGAAAAAGAACCCUUUUCCUUUCAUUUUCAUCAGUCCAUUUACCACAUGCUCUAGAGGGUUAUUUGGGUUGCUGGCCUCUCUGUACUAUUUUCUGGCUGAAACGCUUUGGUUUUUAUAAGCAACUGUUUGUCUGGGUGUCCAUCUCUGACUUGCGGAGUUUGUAUUCAGCUGAUACACCAGGAAGCAGAAGAGGUGCCAGUAUGUCACAGUUAACCCCCUCCUACCACUGCAGGGAGCUCUGGGUGGCUUUGGGAGACCAGAACUUACCAUUUACUAUAAUGUAGGCAACCAUCAUUGAGAGUGUGAUGUGCCCUUUCUGUGCUACUGCUCCAAUGAUCACCUUUAGUUUUUGCAGGAAAGAGAAGCAGCACAAACAGAUGUAGCACAACAUAAAAAAAAAAAAACAAAAACAAACAAACCAGAUUCUUCCUCCCAGCUUUGUUACAAAAGCCAGUUCAGCAAGAAUCACUGACAUGCUGACCCUUCCUCUUCUCCCUGGGAUGGUCUGGAAGCCUGUAUCUUCAUGUACUUCUUACAAGAAAGCUCCCAGGGCAGACAGUGGCAUUUUAGAGCACCUUAUUUGCUUGGAACAGAUAGAAGUCUGCACCAAUUUGUUGCAGUCACCCCUAUUUAAAGGUGAAUGGUGCCUGUUCACCUUGUAGUAGCAACAGGGUUGAAUUAAGUACACUUUGAAAGGUAUUGUUGCUGUCAGGUUUAGGGUAUGGUAUGCAUGCUCCCCCCCUGUGUGUAGCAUUGGCCACUGGGAUGGCUCUUCUGUCACCAUCAUCUGCCUCCCCACCCCAAGGAGCACAGAGCUUGCAGUCUGGGUGGCUGUGAAGUUUUGCUUAGCCCAUGUGCUGGAUGCAACCAGCUUUUUCAGAGUAAGGUGCAAAGGCUUGUCAUGGGAGUAUGUUGGAUAACUAUGGUUCCUGCUGCCAGUUAAGGAUCUAGCAGUUCCUUAAAACUGUGGCUCUUACUGUUCUUUUACCCAACUAUAUGUUGUUCUCAGUUUUGAGAGCCUUGGUGGUUCUCCCAUCUUAACACUCACCUUCUGUGACAGGUGUGUGACCAGGGGCUUCUCUGCUCACCAUCCCUGGCAGCACCCCAGGUACAGAGAAGUAUGCUCGUGUUUAUGCCCUGGCCUUGAAGACUGGCUGCCUUGGUGCUAUUGGGUUGCAAGAGACCAGGAAGAAGAGGACUGCUGCAGAUGUAUAUUUUAAAUAUAUGUUGAUCCAGCCAGCAUGCUGUAAGGAUAUGGAUAAGAACCAGAUGCUGGGGUUUGAACUUGCCCUGCAAGAGAUGUACCAGAGCUGCUGGGGCUGUGGGUGAGCAACUUGCUGUGAAGCCAGAGCCAAGGAGACCAGUCCUGCUGCAAAUGAAGCUGCCAAGUGAUGCCAGAAGCUGAGGAUGAUUUUUCUUGGUCUGGAGAAGUUGUAGAGAAAGACUGCUGUGGUGUUUAGUGUGACCCUGGGAGGAUCUUCCUGUGGGUGCUCAGAAAGAAAACACACGAAGCCUGCUUAGAUUGAAGAGGAUGAUGGGCUGCAUAUUUGAGACUUCAUGAUUGGGACUUCCUGAAGUUGCAGUUUGGUGAGCUGAGACAUGGCCGCUGGCAAGCUCUCUCAGUCCAUGGGGUCCUCUAAAACAGCUGAUGGAUUCCAGAGCAAAGUAGUAGCACCUCGUAACCCAAAGCUAGUCAGUGAGGCAGAGGAAUCAGUAACUCUGACUCCCUCUGCCUUCCUGAAGGAAAUGUCUCUCACCACCGAGCAGAGGCUGGCCAGCACUCGGGAGAUGAGGCGGCCCCAGAUUAUCCAGCUUCUAGACAUGAGUGAAACCUCACAUCAAAAGUUCUCAGCAGUUGACCUAGAACAGAGCUUGUUUCAGCCUUUCCCAUCAGAGGUUGUAUUUCAGAGGUAUGUCCCCUGCAAGGUCUACGAAGUGCCACUGAUUCUGAGGAACAUAGACAAGGUUCCUCGGCUGGUGAAGGUUGUCUUAGAGAGCUCACCUUAUUUCAAGUUGAUCAGCCCAAAUGAUAUGUGCUGUAAGGUAGCACCUGGCAUGUCUUCAACUUUCCGCAUCCUUUUCACCCCUGAGGAGAACAAGGAUUAUUUCCACCAGCUCACCUGCAUCACAGAAAGGGAAAAGUUUAUUGUGCCAAUCAGAGCUAUAGGUGCUCGAGCUAUUCUGGACUUCCCGGACCAGCUGAACUUCUCUGUUUGUCCGGUCAAGUACAGCACCCAGAAAACUCUGCUGGUUCGCAACAUCGGUAAUCGGGAGGCCCGCUACAGCAUCAGCACUCAGAGCCCUUUCUCUGUCGAUCCCUCCAUCGGGACUCUUGGGAUUGGGGACACUAUGCAAGUCACAGUGGAGUUUCACCCGCUGAAGACCGGGGAUCAUUCCAGAUCCCUGAUAGUUCACUAUGACACAGGUGAAGAUAUUCACACAAGCCUUUAUGGAGCAGCUGUAGAUGUCAACAUCAGGCUGGACAGGAACUCUGUGACAGUUGAGAAGACAUACCUCACGCUGUCAAACCACAGAUCCGUGGUCAUCCACAAUCGGAGUGAAAUCAUAGCCCACUUCCAGUGGAAGGCCUUUGUUAAUCAGGAAGAGGAGGAUCAGCAGAAGCUGAGGCUGUGUCGCAGUCUGCAGAGGCAGGAAGAGGACAAGAGGGAUUAUUUUCUCAAGGAGUGCAUGGUGGACCCCGCUCUCCAAGAACGCCUUUCCCUUCUCUCACGCACCUUCCAGAACCAGAGGGCAAAGGUGCAAGGAGAUUCCAUGCUUUUCUCUGAUGAUAUUUUUGCCAUUGAGCCAGUGGAGGGUGAUGUCUGGCCAAAUUCUUCAGCUGAAAUUAAUGUCAUCUUUAAACCCCAAGAAGCCAGAGUGUAUCAAGAAACAGUCUACUGUGACAUCUCAGGCCGUGAGACCAGACUGCCCCUGCGCAUCAGAGGGGAGGGCAUCGGACCCCGGCUCCGCUUCAACUUUGAGCAGCUGGACAUCGGGAAGGUGUUUGUCGGAUCAGCCCACAGCUACGAGGCAAUCCUGUUUAAUAAAGGACCCAUCGAUGGUAUCUUCAGCUUGGUGCCUCCAGCUACAGCUCUGGGCUCCUCCUUCACCUUUCUUCCCCAGGAAGGCACCAUUUUGCCAGAUGGGCUCCAAGUCAUCCAGAUCUCCUUCAGUUCCACUGUCCUGGGGCAGUUCACAGAAGAAUUUAAGUUCAGGGUGAAUGGAUCCCCUGAGCCUGUGACCUUGACUAUCAGGGGCUGUGUUAUCGGACCGACUUUUCAUUUCAAUGUACCUUCCCUCGUCUUUGGUGACGUCUCAUUUGGCUUUCCUCGCACCUUGUCAUGUUGCCUCACUAACACCUCCUUGGUGCCCAUGACUUUCAACCUUCGUAUUCCUGGGGACGGCUCAGGGGAUGCCAGUGUCACCAGCUCUGCUCAUAUGUUGGACUCCGCUCCUCCACCCCGGAGAAGGGCAGCUCAGCGUCACUUCAAGCCAAAUGAAUUUAUCAUAAAGCCCCGCAGAGGGACCAUCCGUUCCCAGGGAAAUGUGAACAUCCAGGUCACCCUGUGUUCCAACACAGUGAAGAGUUACGAGCUGGCUCUGGUGGUGGAUGUGGAUGGUGUUGGCAAGGAGGUGUCGGCACUUCUCCUCACAGCCAGAUGCAUAGUUCCUCCACUGCAAGUGCUCAAUCCCAUCAUGACAUUUGGACGGUGCUUUCUAAAAUUCCCUUAUCAGCAGAUGCUGACCCUUGUGAACGACAGCGAUCUUCCAGGCUGCUACAAGGUUCUUCCUCAGAAACACAAGGAGGAUGCUGCUGUGUGGUACUCCAGCCCUGCGCCCUGUGGGGUCAUCCAGCCUCACAGCUCGGUGGAGGUCCCAUUGAUACUGGAAGCCCAGAGGAUGGGAGAACAGGACACUGUUGUUCGUGUCGCGAUAUUUGGGAGCGAAGAAUCCCCGCUGAAAAUCCACUUAGUGAGCAUUGGAGAAGGACCGGUUGUCUACGUGCAGCCGAGUAAGAUAAAUUUUGGCAAUAUCCAAGUUCUACAAGAUGUUUCCCGAAUUCUCCACCUCUCCAAUCAGACUGUCAUCCCUGCAUCCUUCUCGACAGAGAUGACUGGCAAAUGCUCACGCUGGAGGAUUGAACCCAGUAAAGGAGUGAUUCCCCCUGAGACCGAGGUGUCUGUGACUGUCAUAGCCAACCUGGAUGACACUGAGAAAUUCAAGGACGAGGUGAACCUAAUCAUAGAGAACAGCCACACGUAUGUCAUCCCUGUCCGUGCUGUUGGCAUUGGCACCACGAUUGUCACAGAUAAGCCCUUUGCUCCAGCGCUCAACUUGGGACCCCACUUCAGCCUGGAUCCCUGCUGUUACCACUUCAAGAUAACGAACAAAGGACGGCGCACCCAUCAGCUCUAUUGGACAACAGAAGGUUUUGCCCCAUUUCGCCAGCGUGACAGUCUCCCUGCCAUCAGUAACACCAAGGGCAAAGAUUCCUUCCAGACCUCCAAACCUGCCUGCCCUGUGUUUAAGCUUCGACCGCUGAGAAUGGAGCUGAUGCCAGGCAAGACAAUGGAGAUGAUGCUAGAAGGCUUCUCCAGCAUUCCACAGGUAGUGAAGGAGCGGCUGCUGUGUCAUGCCAUUGUGGGAAACAAGGCGGGGAAGGUACAGAUCAUGCAUGUAGAUGUCACCUGUGAGUUUGUUGCUCCUGUUCUGCAAAUGUCCUCCAGAGAAAUCACUUUCCGGGUGGAGAAGCAACCCUGUGAUGUCCUGACUCUUCAGUACAAGCCUCUUUCUUUUAAAAACAUCUCCUCCCUGCCACUCAGCCUUGUCCUGGCCUUAGAGCAACCCUUCUUGAUCUGUGAUGUGGACCAGCAACCCCUCCCUGCAGAUGUUCAGCCUGUGAAGCUGGAGAUAGGGGAGGAACUUCAUCUCUCCAUCAGAUUUAACCCUGCUCAUGAAGAGGAUUUGAAUAUCAGGGUGGUAGAGAAGGCUCUGACAAUACAGUUUCUUGAGCAUCCUCAUGAGGAGCAGGUUACCAUUCGGGGAGAAGUCUACUUUCCAAAUCUUCAUAUCGAGACCAUGGCCCUGGAUUUUGGCUGCAUCUUGAAUGACACUGAAGAUGUGCGUUACGUUGAGAUGACCAACUGCAGCCCACUUCUUGUCCAGUACUGCUGGUCCUUCCUGACAGAGAGCCACAUGAGCCAGAUGAGGUUCAGCCCUCCAACAUCUAAAUUUUUCAUCAAACCCCAACCACCAGAGGAGGAGGGAGUCUGGUCAGAGUGCUCGGUGUCUGCAGAGAGCAGCUGCAGGGACGGGGGUGCAGAGGAGCCAGCGGAAGCCCUGGGAGGGACAGGGGAUCAUGCCCAAGAACCAGCACAUGCAGAUGAUUCUCUGGAAGCAAAGCCACAGCCAUCCACUGCUGAAGAGCCUGAAAGUGUUGAGCUGGAAGGUGCUGGGGAGGCUGAAGGUGCUGGCGAGGCUGAAGUUGCUGCAGAGCCAGAUGGUGCUGGUGAGGCUGAAGGUGCUGCAGAGCUGGGAAGUCCUGCAGAGACUGAGCGCCCAGUGAGGAUCAAGGAAUUGAUGCAGUUUGUGGAGACAGAGCCCCUUGCCUUGGGAGUGGAGGAGGUUUUUGACAUCCAGCCGCUGUACGGCAUGCUGCAGCCGGGCGAGAGCCAGCAGGUCACGUUCACCUUCUUUGGCCAUGCAAACAUCGUCACCCGUGUCACAGCACUGUGCAGGGUGGAGGGAGGUCCAACCUAUGAGGUCGCUCUGAGUGGGGAGGCUUCACUUAUCAACUACCUCCUAGACAUCACGGAGAUCAACUGUGGGCUGCAGCUGUUUAACAAAGUCACUGAAGCAGAGGUCACCCUGCAGAACAGCGGGAAGGUUGGAUUCACCUACAGGGUGCUGAACCCCAGCACGGCCCCUGCAGACAGUCCUGUGCCCGGUGUGCCCCUGGUCCUGCCCAGCAUGGGUCACAUUGAACCUGGCAAGGAGCAAGUGCUGAAAGUCUAUUACCUGCCAGGAGUGCCUGGAGUCUUCUGCAAGACUUUCCAGAUCCAAGUGGGUCACCUGGAGCCAGACAAAAUCUCCCUGAAAGGAGAGGCAAGCUUUCCCAGGAUCUGCUUGGACCUUCCCAGGAACAUCAAAGGAAAUGAAAAAUAUGAGAACGUCCUCAAGAAGGCAAAAGAAAAGAUGGAAAAAGACAGACAGAGCAAUGAAGCUGUUGUUCCGGGGGAGGCUGCGGCCGCAGAGCUACCCACAGAUGACUCAGACACCGUGCUUGACACUCUGCUGCAAAUGCAGAUGGAGGAGAUGCUGAUAGAGGAGCACGCCCUGGAGCAGCAGAAAACUCUCGCUGAUGCUCCACCAGAGGACACUGCCUUUGACCAGCGUGCUCGUCAGAGGCUUCUCAAAGCUCAGCUGCCCGAGUAUGUCCUGGACUUUGGCUACGUCAUUCUUGGUAACAUCCACACACACAUAGUGAAGAUCACCAACACCGGACAAUUCCCUGUGUCCUUCCAUGCCAAUGGACAGGUCCUGCAUGACUCAGGUUUCAGAGUGGAGCUGGACCGUGUGAAGCACCUGCCCUACUGUGAGACAGAGACUUUCGAAGUGCGCUUUGACCCACAAAGUGCCAGCCUGCCACGGGAAGAGGUGGACGUGCUCAUGCCCAUCAAGGUCUCAGGAGGACCCACGUUUCACCUCCGCCUCCGUGCCAACGUGACUGUGCCGUCCCUCUGCCUCUCCAGGGACAGACUGCAGUUCUCUGUUAUCCAAUGUGGCCAGUGUCAGGAAGAAACUGUCCAGCUCCACAAUCGGCUCCAGGUCCCCUGUAAAUGGUUCAUCACCAUGAAUGAGCCUGCUCAGAAGGUGGACAAACAUUUGCCAGCAAACAUACGUCUGAGGCUGCUCCAGGAGCUGAAUGUCAAGUCCCGUAUCUUCCAAGUGCUGCCCUCAGCUGGAGCCCUUGCUCCAGGAGAGCGAUGCCAUGUGCAAGUCAGGUUUUCACCAAAAGAAGAGAAAUUCUACAGAAACGAGCUGAAGAUUAACAUUUGCCAGAGCAGCCAGCACAUCUGGCUACAGGUGUCAGGCCGGGGAUUGGAGCCACAGCUGGAGUUCAGCCCCACUGUACUUGAGCUGGGACCAUUGCUGCCCUACAGCUGUGGGGUGGAGGGGACCGUGCUGGUGAGGAACCCAUGCGAGUUCCCCAUUGAGUUUUACUCACUGGAAUUUGACGAGCAGUACCUUGUUGAGGAGCAGAUCCUGCGGAUGCUGAAGGACUAUGAUUGCCACAACACCUUGUUGCUGCCACUGCGCGCCCCAGGUGAGAAGCUGCCUCCAGAGCUGCUGGAGUACUAUCAGGACCAGAACAGGCUGCAAGAUGAGCAGACCAAGUCCAAGACUGGAGAAUCGACAGGCCAGGACAAUGCAAACUCUGAAGAUGUCCAGUCUCUGCCAGAUCAAGGAGGAAAGCUCCCUCUUGGGCUUGUUCGCACCAUCUCAUCCCAUAGCUCAGUUGUUCCCUCCACCAUUUUUGAUGAAAACCAGUCUGUCAAGGUGGACUCUAAAUCUGAAUAUUUAGAAGAGGAGGAGGAAGGUGUUGAGAAGAGAUAUGGGACAGGAGAGCAUCGGCAAAGCGCUGUCAGCAGCAAAGUGACUGCGGGAGAACUGGAUGACAGCCCUGUCUGUAGGGCCAUCGCCCGCCACCUCGGCAUCGACAUCUCUGCAGAAGGGCGCGCGGCCCGAAACCGCAGAGGGAUCGUUGUCAUUGUCCAUGGGGCACCCCUGACAGGAAAGACGGCAGCAGCGGUUGCUCUGUCCAAAUAUUAUGGUGCUGCCUGCUUGUCCAUCGACGCUGUGGUGACAGAAGCCAUCUCAGACAAGAGCAGCUCGGCAGGACUCCGUGCCCGGGAGCUGUGCAUCAGGGCUGCCAUCGAACAGAGCCGUAAGGAGACAGAGGAGUCCGGUCAAAACACAGAUGUGUCUCUCAGCCUGCAGCUCAGCGUUGAGGCCAAGCAGAGCCCAGGGGUGAGCCAGUCCAGCUCUGUGGACAAAUUCAGCCUGAAGUCCAUCAGUUCCCGAGUCCAGGGCAGCAUUGCAGGAGGAAAAAGAAGGACAAGUGCCCAUGCAUCCCAGUCACAGAGACAGCAUCUAAUGGAUCCAACAGGCUCCCAGGGCUUGUGCAGUUCUCAUCCCGUGUCUUCCCUUCCGUGCGUUCCUACGCAGCAAUGGCUGAGCAUCAGCAGCAGCACAGUGGGAGAGCCGGGCUUCAUGAGCUGCGUGCUGCCUGAGGACUUGCUGGUGACCAUCCUGUCUGAAAGGCUGCAGUUGAGUGACUGCUAUCAGGGAGUGGUGUUUGAUGGUCUGGAGACCCUGUUUGCAUGCAAUACAGAGUCUGCUCUCCUCUGUCUGCUGAAAGCUGUCAGAAAUCGGCCUUAUAUCUAUCUUGUGAACCUGUUCCAGGAUUAUGCUUCUUUUAAAGCCAGGGAGAAAGCUGCAAAAGAGCAGGAAGAGCGGGAGCAGGAGGAGGCUGCCAGGAGGGAGAAAGAACGUUUCUUGGAGAUGGAUGAGGAUGAAUAUGAUGCCCUCACUGAGGAGCAGAAAACUCAGUUUGAUAACAGUAUACGACAAGCCCAGCGUGAGAGGAGGAAGAGGGAGAUGGAGCAGCUGGCUCGAGAGCUUGAGGAAAAGCACCAGCGGGAGCUAGAACGCUUGAAGGAGGAAGAAGAGCUGAAGAAGAAGUCUAAGCGGGGAAAGAAAGAUCUUGGAAAAGACAAAGAUCAUGCUUUGAGGAGGAAAAGCCUGUCUGCAAACAGACAGAAUGUGAUAUCCCCCAGCACCACCAACGCGUCUGCCAGCAACCGGUCUGAUGUCACCGAGGGGGUAGACAAGAAGGGAUCAGUAAAGGAGCGCCCAGACUCUGUGGCAGGUGACAAGGAAGAUAAGAAGCGGAACAAGGUUCCCCCAACAGAUUCCUGCCCGAUGGUGGUUGUGGAACCUGCAGACCCAGAACAGGAGGAAACCAGAACCCUGAGUGAAAGUGAGAAGAACUUGGCCCUGAGGUUUAAGAUCUACGAGGCAUCACAGAAGAAUGUCAUGCAUAUUUUGUCAUUCUGGGACAGGGUUCAGGGUAUCCUUCUGUUCCCUCUGAACUAUGAGGAGAUGCGGCAACAAGCAGAAGACCAGCGCCAGCGUUUAUCCAGCCGCAGGACCCGAAAGGACAGAGAGAAGGAGCGUCAAGAGAAGCUAGAGAAGGAGCGCCUGGAGAAGGAACGACUGGAAAAAGUGAAGGCUCUUGAGGACUCAGAGGUUUCUCAGCUGGAAGGGGAAGGUGCAGAAGGGUUGUCCAAAGGCCAGGAUAGCCGUGUGCCCUGCUUAGACAUCCAGGUGCUGGGCUCAGAAGACGUGAUCAGGAUGAUCUUGGAGAGUGGCAAGCUGCCCACAGCAGAGCAGAUCCUGGAUGACCUGGGACUGGGUCCCUCAGGGCCUCCCAUUCCCCCGACUGCUUUUUACUCUGUGAUCCGUUACCCGGAGACACGGUUGGCCACAGCAUCAGGAGAAGCCCUCAAGCACUUCAUCUUUGUUGUGCCAGAAGCUGCCACUGCAGAAGAAGAUAAGACUGACACCGAAAGUUUCCAGGAUGUCCCCAUUGUGCCCACAAUGAAGGCCUCGGAGCAGCAGGUCACCUCAACCAGGAGUCAGUCUAGGAAGGAGAAAGUAGCUGGCAGCCAGGAGGCUGGGAAGGAGAAGCGAAAGCGAAGCCUGGGCCGCAAGAAACCUCGCCAGGGGUCGGGCUCAGCAACGUCCACAAGUCCCACCAGGGUGCACCAAAGUGGUGUGGAUGCCAUCCCAUCCCCAAGGAGGGUCGUCAGGCUGAGCAGAUGCCGAUGGAUAGUGCCUGCCGGUGGUGAGGUGGAACUGAGGGUCCACUUCAGCUCCACGGUGCAGGGCCAGUUUGACCAGACACUGCAUUUUGAGAUCCUGGGGACAAACCGACUGUACCAGCUGCACUGCAGGGGCACCUGCCUGUACCCCACCAUCAGCAAGGACCCACGGUUGGUGUUUCCUCACUGCAGGAAGAGCAAGGCAGAUGAUGACAUCAUCUUCAAGCAGUAUGUCAUGGAAACAGGUGUAUUCCACUUUGGACCUCUGCUGUGUGGCAAGUCAAGAGAUUGGUACAAGGCACCGCAAUUUCACAACAACUACGAGACGUUAACCAUUCUCAAUGUCACCCCCUUGGAAGCAGAGGUGCGUUUCUCCUUUGAGCGCGAUCUCAAAGCAGACACGUUCCUUUUAGACCCUCCCAGCAUGACACUCAAGCCUAAGGAGAAGCAGGAGCUGACCAUUUGGGCAUACCCCACUUCAGCUGGACUCCUGGAAGACAACCUUGUCUGCUGCAUUAAGGAGAACCCUGAGCCAGUGAUCUUCCCCCUGUGCUGCCAGGGGGUGCAGGUGGAGCUGGGGGUCAGCCCCAAACAGGUGCAUUUCAACAAGCUGCUCCUGCACAGGAGGGAGAGCAGGACCCUGGUCCUGCAAAACCGUACCCCGCUGCCCAUGGCCUGGCGGCUCAGUGGGCUGGAAUAUGUUGGGGAGGACUUCUCUGUGUCACAAGACGUGGGAAUUGUCAGUCCUCACACAGAGUUUGUCGUGCAUCUCUAUUUGAAGCCCAGGAAGGCUGUCAACAUUAAGAAGAUGAUCCGACUAGAGGUUUCAGAUGCAGAAAACAUCCUGGGAAUUGUUCAGAUUGAAAAUAUCCAAAUCCUUGCAGAGCCCUAUGAUGUUGCUCUGAGCAUCACCAUUUCUAAAGGUACAGAUGGUGGCAUGGAUUUUGGAAUCCUUAGGGUCCUGGAUGAUGCAAAACAAAUGCUGACUCUGAAGAACAAAGGGAAGUAUGAGAUUGGAUACAGUUUGAAGCUGGAAACUGCAGAUACCAAAAUACCUGACUUGGCAUCCCACUUCACUGUCCAACCACAGAAGGGCUUGCUGGCUGCCUCAGAUCGCCCUGUGCAGGUCCAGGUGCUCUUCCACCCCAAGCUGGAAAUUAAUAUUGAGGACAAACCCAUCCUGCACUGCCAGGUGAUUGAGCCCAGCAUCGGUGAAGGAGGGGAGACCAUCGCUGUCAUCCCAGUGAAAGUGUCAGCAAGAGCCACAUUCAGCAAAUACAGCAUUUGCCCCGCUUCACUCAUCAGCUUUGGUGCCAUAAUAAACGGUACCAAGAAAACCUGCACCUUCAGGCUGGAGAACAAAGGCAUCCUUGACUUUAAAUUCCACAUCUACCGAGCAGAACAGGAUGCAGCUGUAUUGCUAAAGAGAAGUGCAGAUCAGAUGAAACCUGACCACUCCUACGAGAAUGACAACUUAAGCAAAAUGGCUUCCUCAGCCAAGCAAAGGAAGAACUCACUGUCCAAGGAUGCAAACCCAACCAUGCAGGCUCGCUUCACACUCGGCAUGUUCACAGUGUACCCUGGCUUUGGCUCCCUCCCUCCUGGAGGCCAGCAGAUGAUCACAGUGGAUUGUCAGGCAGAGCCACUGGGCACAUGCAAGGAGCACCUGUGCAUCGAUAUCAGCGGCAGAGACCCCAAGGACAACCCCCUUGGCAUCCCCUAUACCCUGUUUGCCGAGUCCUGCCUCCCAGCCUUCGUGGUUGAUGACAUACAGUCUAUCUUUGAGGAGCAUCGAAUCUGCAGCAACAUCAACCUCUGCCAGAUCCUACAGACAGUGCAAGACAAGGGUGUGUUCAUCACAGAUGAGAACAAGUUUAUCUUCACCAGUGUUCUCGUUGGGCACAAGGCCAAAGCUCGCUUCAAGAUCCGCAAUGUGAACAAAGUCCCCUGUGAUGUGGUCCUCUCCAUCAAACCCGUCCCUGGGAAGCAUAACAGCCGCAUUAGCGACAUUUUCGAGGUGGAUCCUGUUUGGAUGCAGGUGCCCAGCCACUCCCACACCUUUGCUACGGUGACCUUCACUCCACAAGCGAUGCAGAACUACCAGUGCACUUUUGAGGCUUCCCUUGAUGUCCAGGCAAGCCCUGCCACAAUUAAAGCACAAAGUCUCACCUUCGAUAUCAGUGGAGAUGGGAAUCUGCCUCGGGUGACGGUCCUGCGCCCAGUCCUUCGCAAUAAGAGGGGGAACCCUCUGCUGCUCUUCAAGAAGCUGUUGCUGGGUGAUUUGGAAACACUCCCUCUGGUCCUUAAAAACAGUGGCAUCGUACCUGUCCAGUUGAUGCUAGACCUGCUGGAUGAAGGGGGAGUUUUCUUCUUGAAAGCCAGGCCUGCUACAGACUGCAUCUACCAAGCUGUGGGUUCAAAGGAGGACUCUCCCAGAAAAGAGAGGAAGCCUUACACCGUGUCCCUGGUCCUGCAUCAUGGGGAAUUAGCAGAGUUUGAUGUGCUUUUCAAACCCACCCUGGCCCAACGUGUGGAAGGCAAGAUCCACCUGUCAGUGGUGGGCAAUCCCUAUGAAGAGACCAACAUUCAGUUGGUGGGUGAAGGCUAUGAGGAUUACUUCACGCUAGAUAAUAUCCAUGGACUAGUCGCAGACGGCAAGGAGGAGAACACUGAGUGGAAUCUGGAGGAAGACAUUGAGGCUGCCAGAGUGGAUCACAUCCAGUUCGGGGACUGUCACAUUGGGACACCCUACACUGCGACCUUCACCAUCACCAAUCGCAGCAGGGUAGAGGCAAUGCGCUUUGAGUGGUUGGUGGACUCCCCAUUUCACUUCUCCCCCCAGGUGGGACACCUCCAUGCUGGCUGUGCUAAGGACAUCACAGUGACCUUGAAAUCGGAUGUCGCAGUCACCUUCAAAAUGCACCCUGUGAAGUGUAAGGUGGCCAGGAUCGCCUUCCAGCACCUGCCAGAGCAGGUUACUGACUGGGACGACCGCCUGCGCACUGUCAAGUGGGUGGAUGCUGUGAAGAGCCCUGCAGCCACGUGGCCUGUGAAGAAGAAGGUGAUCGAGACAGACCCAGAACCAGCUCACAGUGUCCUGGAGGAGAGCAGCCGUGAGGUGGAGCUUUGUCUCAGUGCUGUUGUUGACUAUGCUGAGUUCAAGCUGGAUAUGCACAUGUUUCGGUUCAAGAAGACCUUGCUCUUCCAGACCAGGAUGUUCAGUUUCCAGCUGUCCAAUACAGGGAAUGUGGCCCUGGAAUACACCUGGAUGGCAGCUGCUGCAGAUGAAAGUCCAGUGAGCCAGACUGGGGAGCUGCUCCCGCCCAAACUCUAUGGGGAUUUCUUCUCCUUCACUUCUGGUACUACUGUGAAGCCCCAGUCCAGCCGUUGUCCGAGCCGGCUGGGCUGCACUGUGGAGCAGGUCUCGUCUUCCCUGAGCUCGUCUCUGAACGCCAUUAGUGCCACCUCACCAUUCUCUGUGGAGCCCCGCAGUGGCACCAUCCCUGCCAGGCAGGAGCAGCUCUUCCAGAUGAAGUUCUCUCCAGUGUGUGUGGGGGACUUUGAGACCCGUAUGCUCUGCAGUAUUCCUAACCUGAAACCAAAUCAGAAAGGCCCAGAGGUGACUGUGAAGGGGAGAAGCCUGAUGACAAACUGCCACUUUGAGCUGGAAGACUCUGACUACAUCACUGCAAAAAGGCGCAGCUCAGAGUUGGAGGGACCAAAGCUGGAUCUCAACACAAGAGUGAUUGAGUUUGCAGCAACUGGAGUGUGCAGCAGGAACAGCAGGACCUUCAUGGUUAUGAACCCGACCAGUUCCGCGUAUUCCUUCCAGUGGACUUGCCAGGACCCUGAAGCCCCACCAGAACAGGUGGCUUUCUUCUGCCUCACAGAGAGAGGUCAGAUCCAGCCAGGGAAGAAAGCAGAGAUGAAGUUUGAAUUCAUUCCCUGGCACCUGGACAUCACGGAAUCAUCCUGGGUCUUUGCGAUCCCUGAGCAGAGCCUGUCAGUCCCAUUUCUGUUGGUGGGCAAUGCCGCUGACCCACUAGUGACUCUGGACAGAUCCCACCUGAACUUCCACUUGCUGUUAAUCGGGCACAAAGUACAACAGACUCUCUAUAUGAUCAACAAUGAGAAGGAAGCCUACAGCUUUGCUUUCAGAGAAGGCUCUCUCUUCUCAGAGGGAUGCAACUCCUCCGUGAAAAUAGAGCCCCUGGAAGGCUCCAUUGCUCCACUUUCAAGGCUUCCUAUUACAGUCUUCUUCACACCAACGCUGGAAGGAGAGGUGGUCUUCAACAUCAAGUGCAAUGUCAAGAGGAAGACCCAGCCCCUCUCCUUGAAUAUAAAGGCCACCGGCUAUAGCAUGAAUGUGUCUGUCAGGUGUGAGGGCAGUGACGGCGGUGUCACUGAGCUCAGUGCACAAGAGAUCAACAUCAUUGAUUUCAACGAGGUACAGCUAAAUGAGAAUAUCAAGCACAUCUUCAGCAUCUACAAUAAUGGCAAGUUCAGCUUCACCUUCUCAUGGGAACUGAGUGGCCCCGCAGCCUGUAAGGAGGUCCUGACCAUCACCCCUCAGAUGGGCGCCGUGCAGCCAGAGGGGAAGGCAGACACGCAGCUGGCUUUUCACCCGCGGGAGCUGGGCUCUCUUAAGGAUGUAGAGCUGACUCUGCAGAUCAGCAAGGGUCCCACAUUUACUUGCAUGUUACUUGCCACUGUGGUAGUGCCCACUGUCCACUUCUCCACCACCAGACUCAACUUUGGAGCCUGCUUCAUCUACCAUGCUGGGAUGCUGCCUGCCCAGCAGACCCUCAUCAUCACAAACAAGGCAGACAAGGGUGUCAGUUUGAACUGCUUGUUCACCAGCACCGCGCAUCUGGAGGUGAACUUCACAGAGUAUAUCCUGCCCCCAGGACAGAUGGUGGAGGUGCCCAUCACUUUCUAUCCAAGAGAGGUUGCGUCUUAUCAUGAGCUCAUCCCUUUUGAAAUCAAUGGUCUUUACCAGCAGAUGGUUGAGGUCCGAGGAAGGGGCACAGAAAUGAAGGUUGAUGUUGUGGAACCACAAGGAAAGGUGGUGAAGCUGGGAGCCCUCUCCAUCGGACAGACGGUGAAGAAGAUUGUCACCAUAGCGAACAACAGUGCUGCCCCUCUUGCUUUUAAGCUCAGUCUUGUGUCCACGAGCCCAGAGCUGCAAAAACCUGGGGUUCUCAGCUUGAACCCCAGCCAUGAACUAAGUCUGAAGCCCAAAGGAGAUACUUGUAAAGUGGAGGUGACCUUCUCCCCAAAGUGCCGCAUACAGCCAUUCACCACAGAGGUGAUGUUGGAGUGCAAUGGCCUGGUGCGCUCCCUCUUCAUGGUGCGGGGCUCCUGCCAUGGCAUCCAUGUGAGCUUGGACCAGGAACACCUCAGCUUUGGAGCAGUGGUGCAGCAGAGCUUCACAUCCCAGCGAGUCGUCAUGAGGAACACGGGUGACAUAGGAGCCAAGUUUAAGUGGGACAUCGAGAGCUUCAAACCAGAUUUCUCCAUCCGUCCCACAAAGGGUUACAUCUUCCCAGGAAUGGAUGUCCCCUUUGUUGUGACCUUCCACCCCUCCACACUGAGCCACGCUAUCCAGUACGAGGGCCUGCAGUGUUUCAUCCAGGGCAGUGAGCCACUCCGGCUUACGCUGACAGGGUGCUGCAUGGAAAGCCCUGUGACCGGAGAGACACUGGAUUUUGCAUGUGAGGUGCGUGAGCAGCACAGCCAGACCAUCCUCCUAUCCAACCCCAGCAACGAGGCCUGGACUGUGCAACCUGUCAUUGAGGGGGAGCACUGGAAGGGGCCUGAAUUUUUCCAUCUAGAGGCCAAUCAACAAAAGCCCUACAAGAUCACUUACAGCCCCCUAACCAUGAGCUUUGAGAACAAGAAGCAUCAGGGCUCCAUUUUCUUCCCAUUGCCGGAUGGGACAGGAUUGUACUACCAACUGCAAGGAACUGCUGGGGGACCAAAGUGCUCAGGAACCAUUUCCCGGCAGGUGCCGUGUAGGACUUCCUACACUGAGCUCAUCCCUGUCUCCAACUGGCUGACCAGGCCACAGAGGUUCCUUGUGACAGUCCACAUAAUCAAACCAGAAAACCUGGAAAGCAGUUCUGUGCUGCAAGGGCUGGAAUACAUUGAUGUGCCAGGCUCUGCUAAGAAGGACUACAGGCUCACAUUCUACUCCUACAAGGAAGGAGUCUUUAGUGCGAUAGUGACCUUCCUCAAUGAGGUGACCCAGGAGUACUUGUUCUACAUGGUGACUUUCAAGGCCACCACUUCGGGACCCAUCAGCACCAUCAAAUUAACCACUGCUGUUCGGCAGAGAGUGACUUCCACCAUCAAGCUGGACAACCCUUUGCCUACCUCCGUGAGGUUUACCAUAGAUUGCAAAGUCCCUGACGUCAGUGUUCCCCCGCAUUUCACUGUUCCUGCGCAGUCAGAGGCUGAUCUUGUCUUGGAGUACCAGCCCCUGAAAAUGGGUGAGAGCACUGGGCGCCUGCUUCUCCAGAGCAUCGACUUGGGCUGUUUCUACUACAACCUGCACCUGAAAGCUAGUGUGAACAACCCUGAGAAGCCUCUCUACUUCUCCACCAUGCUUGGCUCUAGUCAGACCAUCACCACCAAAAUAGUUAAUUAUGCCCGACAGAAGACCGACUACUUCCUCCAGACCAACUGUGUUGACUUCCAGACUGAGAAGACCAUCACUGUACCUCCUGCCAGCCCCGGGGGCUCAGAGGUGAGCGUGGAGGUGACUUAUGAGCCCUACCAGCUGGGUGAAACCCGGGCUACCUUGCAGCUCUCCUCCCUGCUUGGUGGUGACUACAGCAUACCCCUCUUUGGCCUCGCCCUCCCACCCACACCCCAGGGCCCCUUCUCCAUCAAGGCUGGCAGCACCACCUCUAUCCCCUUCAAAAACGUCUUCCUCCAGCCUAUGGCCUUCCAGUACACGGUGGAGCACCCGGCCUUCACCGUCAGGGCCCCUGAGAGCUUGCGUCCCAAGAAAAACAUCUUAAUCACCGUCUCCUUCGAGGGUGGGGUAGCCCCUGAUGGAGGUCCUAUCUCCAGCAAGAUGGUGGUGUCCUGCCCCGGGGGCGUGGGGGUCUGCUGGGUCUAUUACCUCCGGGGCCUCCCCUCUCAGAAGUGACCGAGGCGACCUGUGAGUGAAGCUGCCCCUCCCUGUGGGAGUUUGUUAUUUAACUGAGCGAGGGGUAAUUAAAGUCUCUCUUUGGAAUAAA